AUGGAACUCGACGCCCUCCAAGCCCGCCUGAGCGAGGUCCUUGACCAGGCGCAUGUAGCGUUCCAGAAGAUGCCCGGCUCGGCCGUGCUGGGCCGCUACAUCCAGUCCAGCUACCAGAACGACCCCGUGCGAUCCGCCAUCGAGCUGGUUCUGGUGCUCUUCUUCAUCCGCUACCUGAUGUCGCCCUCGUACUCGACCCACAAGCGUAACUACGUCAAGUUGCGCGAGGAUGAGAUUGAUGAAUUGAUUGACGAGUGGACGCCCGAGUCUCUGGUCGCCGAACAGACACCGUUCGAGGUUGCCGAGAGCGAGCGUCUCCCUGUCGUGGUUGGACCGACUGGACCCAAGUCGAAACUCUCCAACGGCCGGACCGUCACCAACCUCGCCUCGUACAACUUCUACAACUUCAACGGCAACGAGCAGAUCAAGGAAAAGGCUAUUCAGGUCCUGCGCACCUAUGGCGUCGGCCCCUGCGGCCCACCCCAGUUCUACGGCACCCAGGACGUCCACAUGAAGACUGAGGCCGACAUCGCCGCCUACCUGGGCACCGAGGGCUGCAUCGUCUACGCCCAGUCCUUCUCCACCAUCUCCAGUGUCAUUCCCUCCUUCUGCAAGCGCGGAGACGUCAUCAUUGCCGAUCGCGAGGUCAACUACCCCAUCCGCAAGGGUCUCGAGGUCUCCCGUAGCAACAUCCGCUGGUACAACCACAACGACAUGGACGACCUCGAGCGUGUCAUGCAGGCUGUUGUCAAGGAGCAGGCCAAGGCCAAGAAGCUGACCCGCCGUUUCGUCGUCACUGAGGGCCUGUUUGAGCUCACGGGUGAUGAGAUUGAUUUGCCCCGUCUGGUUGAGCUUAAGGAGAAGUACAAGUUCCGAGUCAUCCUCGACGAGACGUGGUCAUUUGGCGUUCUCGGCCGCACUGGCCGUGGCAUCACCGAGGCACAGAACGUUGACCCUCAGGCUGUGGACAUGAUUGUCGGCUCACUCGCCGGUGCCCUCUGCGCCGGUGGUGGCUUCUGCGCCGGACCCAAGGACGUUGUCGAGCAUCAGCGCAUUACUUCGUCUUCAUACACCUUCUCCGCCGCCCUGCCUGCCAUGUUGGCUGUCACUGCCAGUGAGGCUCUCAACCUGCUCCAGUCCAACCCCGAUAUCCUGACCCAGUGCCGCGAGAACAUCAAGGCCAUGAGGGCUCAGCUGGAUCCCCGCAGCGACUGGGUGGUGUGCACCAGCUCGUCCGAUAACCCCAUCAUGCUGCUGGCACUUAAGCCUGACGUGGUCAAGGCGCGCAAGCUGGAACUGGAAGAUCAGGAGCGCAUCCUGCUUGAUUGUGUUGAAGAGGCCCUCACGAACGGCGUCAUGAUCACUCGCACCAAGACGCGACCCUAUGUGCAUGCUAUCAAGCCCAGGGACGGUUCGUGGUCCGCUCAACCGUCGCUCAGAAUUUGCCUCACCUCAGCCCUUUCCAAGAAGGACAUUGAGAAGGCCGGCGUGACUAUCCGCCACGCUAUCACCAAGGUCAUGACUCGCAAGACGAGCAACAAGGCGAUGUAG